UAUAUGCAAUAUAUAUAUAUAUAUACAUAGAUAUAUUGUAUUGAAUAACAAGAUCAAAAGGAGAUAAUUAAUUAAAAAAUGAAGGGAAUGGAAAGAUUACAAAAAAUGGUGCAUGGGUAUCAUACCAUUGGGUUUAUGCUAGUAAUGGGAGUAAUAAUGGGAGUUGUGUAUUUUUGUGGAGAUUAUAAUGGAAUAACUAUAAGUUUUAGUUUUAUUGGAGAAGCAUCAGAUGAAAUGCUAGUAAUGGAGAAUUAUGUGUUUGAUGAAAGUUGUGAUUUAUUUAAUGGGAGUUGGGUUUAUGAUAAUAAAUCAAGACCUUUGUAUAUAGAAAAAGAGUGCCCUUUCAUGACAGAUGAUUAUUCUUGUCAAAAAUAUGGAAGGAAAGAUUUCGAGUAUCAGUUUUGGAGAUGGCAGCCUCAUGGUUGUGAUCUUCCCAGGUUUAAUGGAACAGCACUGUUGGAGAAGCUAAGGGACAAGAGAGUUGUUUUUGUUGGGGACUCAUUAGGCAAAAACCAUUGGGUUUCACUCCUUUGUCUUAUUGACUCAUGGAUCCCUAAUCCAUCACACAAGGUUGCAGAAUGGCAUGGCUCAUUGAUCACUUUUAAGGCAACUGAAUACAAUGUUUCCAUUGAUUUUUAUUGGGAACCCUUGUUAGUUGAAUCAAACUGUGACGAUCCGGUCACACACCGUGUACGUGACCGGAUCAUGAAGAUUGAGAGCAUUGAGAAACAUGCGAAACAAUGGGUAGAUGCCGACAUGUUAGUAUUUGACUCGUAUACGUGGUGGUUAGAGCCUAAUAUGACACUCUUGUGGGGAUCGUUUGAAAACCCCAACAGAACUGUUGUCGAAUCUAGCAGAGUAAUACGUUACGAAAUGGCUCUAAAAACUUGGUCGAAUUGGUUGGAGACUCAUCUUAAUCGCAACAAGACUAAACUCUUUUUCAUAAGCCUCUCACCAGACCACAAAGAGGGUGGAGAUUGGGGAAAAACAAUGGGACAAAAUUGCUUCAACGAAACCGAGCCAAUAAUGGAACAAGGAUAUUGGGGAAAGGGGUCCGAUACUAAUCUAAUGAGAACGGCGCAAUCAGUAGUACAAGAUCUUGAAAACAAAGGCUUGAACAUACAACUUCUAAACGUAACACAGAUUGCACAGUAUCGGAAAGAUGCACAUCCUUCUAUUUACAAAAGGCAUUGGCAACCUCCAACAGAACAAGAGUUGGCGAACCCUGUCUUGUAUGCAGAUUGUGUACAUUGGUGUCUUCCGGGAGUUCCUGAUGUAUGGAACGAGAUUCUUUAUACUUACAUACGUUAUAAACUAUGAAAUGUUAUGUUCAUUGUCGUGAUAUGUCAUACAUUUUGGGUGUUAA